CGCGCUGAUUUCCGGUACUUUGACCAAUCAGUGCAGUCUAAUAAACCGGAAGUUUUGAAGAAUCAUACGCGGGAAAUACUUGAAGUCUUCAGCUGUACAACACAGGAGCAAUGAAGGUGGUAACGUGUGAGAUCGCAUGGCACAACAAGGAGCCAGUCUACAGUGUUGACUUCCAGCACUGCUCUGAUGGACGCACUCACCGCCUGGCCACAGCUGGAGUGGACAGCACAGUGAGGCUGUGGCGGGUCGAUACAGGCCCAGACGGGAAAGCGGUGGUGGAGUUUCUGUCUAAUCUAGCUAGACAUACCAAGGCUGUCAACGUGGUUCGCUUCAGUCCUAUAGGAGAGCUCCUUGCUUCGGGAGGAGACGAUGCAGCAAUUCUUCUGUGGAAGCUCAAUGAUUCCAAGGAGCCUGAGCAGACUCCUGUGUUCCAGGAGGAUGAAGAUGCUCAGCUUAAUAAGGAGAGUUGGUCUGUGGUCAAAACACUAAGGGGACACAUAGAGGAUGUGUAUGACAUCUCCUGGACUCGGGAUGGAAACUUCAUGGUUUCUGGAUCUGUUGACAACACUGCUAUUAUGUGGGACAUCAACAAAGGGCAGAAGCUGUGUAUCUUGAAUGACCAUAAGAGUUACGUGCAGGGGGUGGCUUGGGAUCCUCUGGGCCAAUAUGUUGCCACUCUCAGCUGUGACAGGGUGAUGCGUGUUUAUAGCACUCACACUAAGAAAAAGGCUUUCUGCAUCAGUAAAAUGAGCUCUGGGCCACUUCCUGAUGGAGAGGUCAAACAGUACAGGAUGUUCCACGAUGAUAGCAUGAGAUCCUUUUUUCGACGUUUGUCAUUCACACCAGAUGGUUCUUUUUUGCUUGCACCAGCUGGAUGUGUAGAAAUUGGAGAAAACAUCAUUAACACCACCUACAUCUUUUCCAAAAAGAGCCUGAAGAGGCCGAUCGCCCAUUUGCCAUGUCCAAGUAAAGCUACAUUUGCUGUGCGCUGCUGCCCUGUCUACUUUGAGCUGAGAACCAAGAAGGGAGAAGAUGGUUCAGUCAAGGCUCUUCCCAACUUAUUCCAGUUGCCGUACCGUAUGGUAUUUGCAGUAGCAUCAGAAGACUCGAUCUUCUUGUAUGACACUCAACAGACUCUUCCUUUUGGCCUGGUGUCCAACAUCCACUAUCACACACUCAGUGAUCUUGCGUGGUCUCGUGAUGGUUCCUUCUUGGCGGUGUCCUCCACAGACGGCUACUGUUCCUUCUUAUCGUUUUCACCUGGGGAGCUGGGUAUUCCACUGAAGGAGCCCCCAACAUUGGAGGUCUUUGUCCCAAACAGUGGUGUUGAGAAAAAGGGCAAAAAGUCAGGCAAGACAUCGUCACCUGUGUCUCAGCCGACAAACUCAGCCCCAGCUUCUGCAUCCCAAACCAAAGAGGCCCCUCCAGUAACCCCACCACAGGAGAAGAAGAGCACCCCUGUGGCAAAGUCUAAGCCUCAGCCACGUAGGAUCCCCCUCAACACUCUGGAGGGCUGGGGAAAACCAACUACACCUAAAGGCACCGCUCCUUCAGCACCGCAAACGACAGCACCUGAAAGUUCAAGUGCACCAUCUACUCCACAGCCACGCAUCACCCCCCUCACCCCUUCUACUCCCUCCACCCCAAAAGCCCUAAAUAAUGCCAACACUUCUAGAUCCACCACUCCUAAAGCCACCAGCACCCCAAAGGGGCCCACACCAAGGAGAGUGUCUUUGACUCCGUUAGCAUCCCGAUCUCCAGCUGUUGGUUCACUGUUCAACACUCCCUCCCCAACGACAAAGGCCAAGCACGAACGUCCUUCUCCUCCCACUGAUCCAGUCUGCCAGCCGCCCGAGUCUAAACGGCCCAAGACCACCGACCCCCCAGCAAAGACCAGUGUACCCCAGGAUUAGUGUCUUACUGGGGAAAGUGUAGUUCUACAUGUGAAAAGAACACAUGCUGCCGAGAGGAUCAGUUAAAGCUUCAGAACAAAACCUCAAAGGCGCCUUGUGAACGUAAUCUCACAGUAUCAUUGUGAAUGGGGUAAGGAGUCUGACUAAAGCUUUAACUUCAAAUCAGUUACACAUCAAGCUGCAUCGGUGUAAGUGUUUUAAAGUAUUUCUCCUUUUAUUAGUGUGCUUUGUAUCAUACAGUAAGUAGUAGUAGUAACGCAGUAACUAUUGUAUUUGAUUUGUCAGUUAAACUUAUUAAUGGCUGUUGUAAAAAGUAAAAUUGUGACUCAGGUCAAGAACUUGUGUGAGCUGUAAUAUUUGCAGUAAAGAUAAUAGAUAUGUAACUUGAAUUUUGCUCCUGGUCUCAUAAUAAAGAAUGUUUCAAAA